GGCAUAACACGGACACGUGAUAUGUCCAAGUGCAGUGGAUGGGCCGCGAACCGUGGUCAUGCGUACCAGUAGUCUGCGACCAUUGCGACACAAAUGGUUUCUUCGGGGCUAUACUAGUAUUACCUUUACCGCCAUGCCUCGUCAGCAAACUCGCAAUGCUCUUUUCGUCGUUGUGUGGACACCCAACUCCUGCGCUUCACCUGGCCAUGAUAGGCUCCGGCUUCGUCCUCACACUUGACCCACUCGUCCGCCUCCGUCUCGACGAUCCAAGUCGGUAGCACCGUCGACUCGCUCCCAAGGCCUACUCUGGGACCGCAUUGGACUUGAAGCGUCCUCGAUGCUGGCGCCAUGCCAACAGCACGAACAUGCGUCUCGCGCGCAUGUCCUGUUCGCGAGACUCGAGUGGGACCUAAACACGCCAAUGGUCGUCUCAGUGAGGACGUUCCGACAUCGUUCGCGCGGUACAACACCCCCUCCCCCAUCACAGCAAUCACGCUUACGGGCAAUCUCUCCCACCCAUACCGGUCGUCAGCUCCCGGCCUGGCUUAACUGCUGCACGUCCCUCACCACCCCCGCUCAUCACCAACCUCCCUGCCUGCCAUGCGUCCUCGCUCCAUCGAUGUACGAUUAUGGGCCACCUUUAUUUAUGAGGCCCGAACACCCACAUCCCCAUUCAAAAUGCGCCCGUCCAUCAUCCUUCCUCUCGUUUCCGUGGUGGUGCUCGCUUCGUCCGAGUCUGUCGUGUCCCGCCCCAUUUCCUCGUCCGCCGACUGCGACGAUACUGAUAUUGCGGAGCGGGCUCUUGGUGAUCUGGAUACAUUCCGCCUCUUUGGCCGGGAUUACUCUGGUGAACGGCUAGCUUCACGCGCGCAAUCCGACCCAGGGACUGGCCCCGACCGGGGUGGGCAGGGCUGGUAGGUGGUCCUAAUGAUGUCAAGUCAGCAUGCACGCUUACGGCCAUCUCUCCUCCCGAUACCACUCGCCAACGUCCGGCCUCGCGUAGUUGCUACACGUAUGACUGCCCCACGACGCGGAGACAUCUCGGAAAGACGUGGAAGGAGGCCAGUCGGUGGAUAGAGGACUUUGCUAUGUGAAAGAGUGUUCGUUUCACCGCGACUCUCGUCCUCGGAGGAUAUGUCGGGUCCCUUGCAGUGUUCGUUGCAGAGAAACACGAUCGCGCCGCCGAUCACUGGAAGCAUAAGCCCGACCGGAGCGGAGAACGUUAGUAAGCGCCAUGCGCAUGUCUGCUCACGAACACAUCCUUCUAGGUCUGCGAGGCCAUCUCGCCACAGAG